AUGGGUGUAGCCCAGUCCAAUGAGCAUGGUGCAUCAUCCCCAGAGGAGUUGAGCUCCGUGCUUGCCGAACGUUUCGCCACAAAAUGCUUCACGCCAUUAGAGCUCACGCAUUUCAAAGACAACUUCUUUUCUCGGGCCUUAGAGCAGGGUGGCCUGCGGUACUGGAAUGAGAAAGUCCUCUCAGACUUUUUGGGUAUCCCAGAUGGUAUCUAUACCUCUUCCCAGAAACAGCCGCUAGAUGCAGGGCCGGUGAUCUUCCGCAUGGUCUCUUACCUGGGAGCCUUUCCAUUCCAAAACACGCUCGCACCUAGUGUGUUGACCUUCGAGGCCAUGGUCAAGGUGGUUGUGCUCUUGACUGAGCGCUAUGGGAAAGCGCUAAAGCGGGGACACAAGGACCGAAUCAAGUUACUCUUUGGUAGUCUAGCUGAUGUGGGGAGGAAGAUCCCCGCCGAGUCUAGUGGAGAAUGUACGACUGAGGAUUUCGAAGCUCCCGCUGAGCAUUCACAUGCGCUGGGGUUCUCUAUAGACGCACCGGCCAACGAUGAGUACGAUGAAGAUGAGGAUGAUGAUCUUGCCCUUGCAGCACUGGAGUCUCUUGAUGCGAUUGAAGUGUUCAAACACGAUCACCGCGUUGACAAGACCGUUUACGAGACACGGAUUUCUAUCGAUACAUUCCGCCGAUUGCUUAUGCUAUUGCUUGUCAUUGCACCACUGAAGCCAUUGGAGUCUUUGAGGGUAUACACAUCUGGAUUGGAUGUUCAGCGUAUGAUAUCGCUCAAGAAAGAAGCAGACAGUAUCAUUGCAGCCUUUUCGCCGGAAGAGAGCGAUGGUGGGAUAUCUUACAAGGCUUUUGCCCGAACGAUAUCGUUGUCUCUGCCAUAUCUGUUCGAUCCGCUGACUGCUCUUUUCGAGCACAUGCUUUUCAGCAAGAAUUUGAAUCUAUCCCAACGCCACCACAAGGGUCAAGCUACGGAGACCGAGCAGGAGGAAAGCGAGGAAAACGAAGAACCUCCCUCGACGCCGACUGCACUUACACUUCCGGGAAGCUUUGAGUCGGCCAUAUUAAACCCAACACUUACCUCCCAUCUUUCAUUCUUCCUCCCGUCCACAUCACCCGAUAUCAAUAUCUUCCGAAGCAGCGUCAAACUACAUCCCGUAUUCUCCACAAGCGCCCACGGGUCUUCAUUAACAUCUUUCUCUCACCACGUUCUUACCUGGCAAACUGCCACCCUACUCCUCCUGCAAGGAUCUCCAGCAGACUCAACUAGCGAAGAAUUGAUAACACUCGGCGCCUACAUUCCCCAAACGUGGAAGACCUCCAUAUCGACCUCGAGCUCAUCUUCAACAUCCGACCUUCUCCCCUGCCUCUUCCAACUAUCCCCGAAGCACAUCCUCCUCCCAGGCAACCCCUCCCCAUCCGCAAAGAAGCCCAACACCCCAACCGCCUAUUUCUCACCCAACACCGGCAUCGCAAUCGGCUGCCGAAUCCCCGCCCCGUCCCGCACGCAGCAAAACUACCCGACUCCACACGGAGCAGGCAGUCUCAUCAUCGACGCCAACAUAGAAACCGCCGAGUUCCAUGCCGAACCCGUUGGACACGAUGGCGUCUUCUUACCCGCUGCCAACACAUCCCCCGGAGACCCGCCCACAAAGGUCAAGCUUGAUCUGUACACCCUGGAGAUUUGGGGUAUCGUCCCAGAUCCGGAGUCGUCGUUCUCCGCGGACCCAAGGUUAAGUCCGGUGGAGAUCCAGCGUGCAAAGUGGGAAUUCGAGGCACGGGAGGCUGAGCGUCGUCGUAAUAUCAAUCUCAAAGCCGGGGCUGGGGACUCGGCGAAAGAGAGUGCGAGGUGGCUUUUGGAGACGGCUGGUAUCAUUGGGGAUGAGGCGAGAUAUUCUGGUGGGAGGGGUUAA